UCGAACACAACUACAUCAAACAGACGACGAAGAAGAAAAAGAAGUCGUCAUCGUCGUCACUGAGGUAGUGAAAAUGGCCGCCUACGAGAGAUACAAUUUGCACACCACUCCAGAGAAGUUCUUCAUCGAGGCCUGUGAUGAAGGCGCUGACACUGUCCUGGAAAUUGAUCGGGUUUCAAAUGAAAUGACUCUCACAGGGAAGAAGGAUGUUCCUCCUUCUGCAGUCACAAGGCCUAUUUGUGGCCUCAUGGGAACCAUCCGUCUGGUAGCAGGAAUGUACCUGAUUGUCAUCACCAGAAAGAAGAAUGUGGGUAACCUACUUGGUCAUGCUGUGUGGAAGGCAGUGGAUUUUGACAUUAUCUCCUACAAAAAGACAGUCCUGCAUCUCUCAGAGAUCCAGUCUCAGGAUAACAAGACCUUCUUGUCCAUGAUGAAUAAUGUGCUGCUGACAGAUGGCUUCUAUUUUUCCACUGACUAUGACCUGACACACACGCUGCAGCGUCUGGACAACACUAGCCCUGAUUUCCAGGAGAUGAGCCUGCUGGAAAGGGCAGAUCAGAGGUUUGUUUGGAAUGGAAAUCUGCUCAGAGAAUUGGCUGCACAACCAGAGCUUCAUAAGUUUGCACUGCCUGUUGUCCACGGAUUUGUUGUCAUGAAGCCAUGUCAUAUUAACGGGAAGAUCUUUGAGUGGAUCCUUAUAUCAAGGAGAAGCUGCUUCCGCGCUGGAGUCCGAUAUUACGUUAGAGGCAUAGACUCUGAAGGUCACGCUGCAAAUUUUGUGGAGACUGAGCAGAUUGUUGUUUACGAAGGAGACAAGACUUCAUUUGUACAGACGCGAGGCUCUAUACCUUUUUACUGGAGUCAGAGACCCAACCUUAAAUACAAACCCAAACCAAUAAUCAGCAAGACAAGUCACAUUGAUGGUUUCCAGAGUCAUUUUGACUCUCAGUUUCUCAUCUACGGGAAGCAGACGAUUCUCAACCUGGUAAACCAGAAGGGCUCAGAAAAGCCUUUGGAACAGGUCUUUGAUAAGAUGGUCUCCAGCAUGAACAGCGGUAUGCUGAAUUACAUAGCCUUUGACUUCCACAAAGAGUGCAGCCACAUGAGAUGGGAUCGCCUCCAGAUCUUGGUGGAUGCUGUUGCUGAGACACAAGAUGAAUACAGUUACUUCAUGGUGAACGUGGACGGGAAGACCUUAUCUCAGCAGAGAGGAGUCUUCCGCAGUAACUGUAUGGACUGCCUGGAUAGAACCAAUGUUAUCCAGAGCCUGUUGGCUCGCCGCUCCUUGCAGGCUCAGCUUCAGAGGAUGGGGAUACUGAAUUUAGGGCAGCGGAUUGAAGAGCAGGCUGAAUUUGAAAAGGUCUACAAGAAUGCAUGGGCUGACAAUGCCAAUGCAUGUGCUAUACAGUACGCAGGAACUGGGGCCUUGAAAACAGACUUCACGAGGACAGGGAAGAGGACCUGGCGUGGGCUACUGAUGGAUGGCUGGAACUCUAUGAUCCGCUACUACAAAAAUAACUUUUCUGAUGGCUUCAGACAAGAUUCUAUUGACCUGUUUCUGGGAAACUUUGCUGUGGAUGAGUCAGAAGGACCCUCACCUCUUCACAUACAGAAGGACUGGAAAUUUCUCACGCUGCCCAUAAUCAUGCUGGUGGCAUUUUCUAUGUGCAUUGUGUGUCUCCUUAUGGCGGGUGAGACCUGGACAGAGACGUUAGCGUACGUGAUGUUCUGGGGCGCAGCGAGCGUCAUCACAACUGCUAUAAUCAUGUACAAUGGCCAAGACUUUGUGGACGCCCCCAAACUGGUUCAUAAAGAGAAGCUGGACUGAAUGUGGUGUUAGUGAGGAGCAGCCCAUCAGCUUCCUUACGUGUCCCAGGCCAGACUGUCUCAUCAAAAACGGCUUUGGUUUCUUCAGUCUGACAUAUUAUCCUCCAGAUCUGUCCACACGUCUGAUGAUGUUAUUAUGUUGGUGGCGGCACUUUAAAGUCCUUUCAUUCUUCAUCAGUUUUCAACAAAAUGUCUCUUCCACAUUGUUACACUACUAUGACCUUUUUAAAUACAGUUACACUCUAAGAUUUUAAAUCUGAAUAAAUGUUAAGUGGAGCAGUU